UCAAAACAUAUUUUGUUUUGAAGGGAUUUAAAUCCGCAUCGGAAUUACUCAAAAUUGCUGUUUUUUUUAGCAAAGUAGACUUUAAUAUGAAGAAAGCAACAAAUAAGCGAAAGGAAAAGUAUGACAGUGAAACAGGCUUCGAAGGAUGGGGCGAUUACAUGGACGCCAAAAUUGCGAAAUUGGAGGAUCAGUAUCGCCAUACCGCCGCCAACGUGGAAACGAAGCUAUCGAAUCUGUUCGCUGGAAUUUCAAUAUUCGUCAAUGGCUACACAAAACCUUCGGCCGACGAACUUAAAAUUUUGAUGAUGCAACACGGCGGUACUUAUCAUCACUACAAACGACCUACGACCACAUACGUGAUCGCCUCGAAUCUUCCCGAUGUGAAGGUAAAGUCGAUAACAUCCGAAGUGAUCAUAGGCCCCCAGUGGGUAGUGGAUUGCAUAGCGCAGAUGCGCAUUCUUGAUUACAAGACGUAUCUGCUAUACACUAACCACAAACCUUCGCAGCCAAAGUUGACCUUUGGUAUGCAAGAUACAAAUGUAGAUGGUCAGAAAGAGGGAGGUAAGGAUGUCAAUAAGAACGAGUUUCUAAGUUUGGCGAGUCAAUUGGAUAUCCUCAACAAAAAAAUGAUGGAAUACAACGGUUGUGGAAACCGUGAUACCUUAGCCACAUCGAAGUUACAAGAAAUUGAAAACAAAGAUAAUUCUUCGCACGACAAGGAAAUAGCAGACAUGGAGGCACAAAUCAUUUCAGGUUCUCCUGACGUCUUUGAAAACGAUUCUUCAAACGAGUUCAAAUCGUCGAAAACGUUGAGCGCUCAGAAAACAGAAGAUGAACCUGCUCAAGACGAGUCCAGAAAAUCAUCUAAAGCUUCCCUGACUGCAACGGACCCUAAUUUCCUAACCGAAUUCUUCAACAACUCACGUCUUCAUCAUAUAGCAACACUUGGUACGGGAUUCAAGCAAUACAUCGGUGAGCUGCGAGAAACGCACAACGGGAACUUCCCCGAACGGGUAGCAUUACAGCAUCUUGUGUCGAAGCCGAAUGAGUUCGGUAGCGCUGGUCCAUUCGUGAUGCACAUCGAUAUGGAUUGUUUUUUCGUGUCAGUUGGACUUCGAAAGUAUCCACACCUUCGGGGACAACCUGUCGCGGUUACCCAUUCUAAAGGUUCCGAAGCUGGUAAAAUGAACACACGCCCUGGUCAGAAUCGUUCGUUGGAGAUCGAGCUAUACCAGAAACGUCUGGAAGAACGGUACAAGACUCCGGACAUCCCGUAUCAAUCCCGCCUGUUGAACAUUGAUGAUAAUAAUUCGAUGGCAGAGAUCGCAUCGUGUAGUUACGAGGCGAGGAAAAUGGGCGUCAAAAACGGAAUGUUCGUUGGUUCGGCACUGAAGCUUUGUCCGAAUUUGAAAACCAUUCCUUACGAUUUCGAUGGUUACAAAGAGGUUGCGUACACGCUGUAUAACACCAUUGCCAAAUACACUCUGAACAUAGAAGCGGUUAGCUGUGACGAAAUGUUUGUCGACCUCACCGAUCUUGUCAGUAGCACCGGAGUGGAUGUUAUGGACUUUGUUAGCUUCGUUCGGACGCAAAUUAAAGAAGCUACUGGAUGUCCAUGUUCAGCGGGAGUUGGCGCCAAUCGUCUGCAGGCUCGUAUGGCAACCAAAAAAGCGAAACCGGAUGGGCAAUAUUACAUCGCUCAGGACAUGGUUCUCGAGUACAUGCGUGAAAUCCCUAUUGCAGAUCUACCGGGUAUUGGACCGAGCACCAGUUACAAACUGAAACAAAUGUCUUUGGUCAAUUGCGAGGAUUUGCAGAAUAUUUCCAUCACAAUCCUGCAACGUGAGUUCGGGAAAAAGUUUGGGGAUACUAUAUUCCAAGCCUGUCGAGGAAUCGACGAACGGCCCCUGGCGUAUGAACAAGUUAGGAAAUCAGUUUCCGUUGACGUCAAUUAUGGCAUUAGAUUUAAAGAGACUGCCGAUGUGGAUCGUUUCAUGAGGCAAUUAUCAGAAGAGAUCCACAAACGACUUAUGGAGAUCAAAAAGCGCGGCAAACUUAUCACAGUGAAGCUGUUAGUUCGUUCUCCCGAAGCACCUGUUGAAACCGCAAAGUUCAUGGGACACGGACUUUGUGAAGUUAUCACGAAGUCGUGUCCUUUGAAAGACUAUACUUGUGAUUUGGAAACAAUUGUCACAACUGUUCUUUCUUUGAUGAAACAAAUCACAGUUCCUCCCCAAGAGCUCCGCGGUAUUGGACUACAGAUAUCAAAAUUUGAUGAGAAGAAAUCGUGUAAUACAACAAAGAACUUAUUGAAGAGUAUGUUUCAGAAGGUUGAAGCUAAGAACGAAGCUCUCAAAAAAGAAGUAGUUGUAGAUCAAACAGUCGUGAAACCAUUCCAACUCGUGACUGAACAAGCUUUAUCUAAACUAGAAUUAUCCCCGACAAAAUUGCUUUCAAUCACAGCUCCGAAUGCUUCACCAGAAAAUACACCAAAAAAGCAGGAAUCAAAACCACCGUCAGCUGCUAAAGUUGGGAAAGGAAGGGGUCGCCCACCUAAGAGCCUAACACGUAACAAAUCCAAACAAAAUAACGAUAUGAUUCGAUUUUUGCGUGAGACCAAAACCGAGCAGAAAGAGAUAACGCUCCCCGAUGGUUUCGAUCCUGAAGUGUGGGCUGCUCUGCCAGAUGAAGUACGAGCUGACGUUAUUAAAGACUACAAAUUACAAGCUAAAUCGAACAGAAGUAUUCCCUCAACUCGUCCACAGGAGCAGCCUCCAACGUCCUCGAAAAUCGCCCAAGAAGAAACAAAACCAGAUAAAAUAGUUGUGGAUGUGAAAUUUCUCCAGGCGCUUCCACCGGAGUUGCGGGUAGAAGUCGAGCGGCAGAUUGAGCUGCAAAAAGACACGAUGGUUGUAAUGAGCAGUGAGCCCGAAUUUGAAGAGCGUCUCCGUGUGACGCCGGAUUCAAGUACUGCGAAAAUGGAAGCGAGUACAGCUACGCAGCCUGACGAUAAUAUACUGUUGAGACCUGAUUGGAGAAGUCUGCUCAAAGCAUGGAUUGAUAGUGCCGAUGAACCGAAGCAGGUGGAUGUGGAUAUGAUAGCUGCCAAUGCUUGCGAACUAGUUGAGCAGAAGAAGCUCUACGAGCUGCAUCUUUUUUUGCGAUUUUUGUUCAGGCUAUUGAACGAAUGCGACCGCUGCCGUUGGCAUCAGGCUUACAUAAAGAUUGUACAAUCAGUUCAAUCGAUCGUAAGAGAAAAGUAUGGAACGAAGCUCGCCGUUUGCUCUAAAUUUAACUGUGAAAACAACGAUUGUUGUAAUGAUAUUAAAUAAAGUUGUUGAGUUUAAAA